GCUUUGGAGCCAACAAGUAACACAAGCAGUUCAAGAUGGUCAGCGCCAAGGAAACCGUGGAAGCCAAGAUCUCGUCUACCCCCGUGGUGGUCUACAGCAAGAGCUACUGCCCGUACUGCACCAAGACCAAGACGCUACUGACGCAGCUCGGUGCCAAGUACGAUGUCGUGGAGCUGGACCAGGUCGCAGGAGGCAGCGAGCAGCAGGACGCCCUGGAACAGAUUACGGGCCAGAGCACCGUCCCCAACGUAUUUGUGGGUGGCAAGUCUAUCGGUGGCAACUCGGACGUGCAGAAGCUGCACAAGGCCGGCAACCUUGAGCCCCUGCUCGAGCAGAACAGUGCCCUGUAAACGUCCAAGAUUUAAUAGCCUCGGGAAGAUCCCAACGCCUCUGCACUUCUUCGGCGUAGGGAUUGAGAAGUAAUAAACAAAACGAAUAACCUCUUAAAUUCACGGCGCUAUUUCUUUGCUGCAACCGAA